AUGAACGGGGCGUGUUUUAAAUGCCAAAGCUGUCAGUGUCCAAUCGACAUUGAUAUAUCUCUUAUGGAUUUAUCAUUGGCUCAGCGAGAUAUGAUUAUCAAUUCUGGUGGUGAAUUAGUGAACAACGCUACAACAUACAAGAUUCCUCACGAUAGAUAUAUACGUUUGAAUCAAGUUAAAAGACUUUCGGAUCAGGCUGCUGCUUCAUUAUCAGGUCCAUCUGAGUCAUAUGUUUUUCUGAAUACAAAUGAAUCAAGUCUUCAACCCUCCAGGAUAAUCGAUGAGGAGAGUGGGGAGGAUGAUGAUGACGACGAUCGCACAAAAACUUUGUCUUCGAACAUACAGAACUUAACCAAUAUCUUCCGUAUUUUAUCGUCAAAAAGUAAUAUUGACUAUCCUAUAUGUCAAGUUUGCUGUGAGUUGCUGAUGCAGAAGCUAAAGGUUGAGUAUGAAGAUGCUAUCAAAAAGCGUAAUUCGUACUCGGAGUUUGUUGUGAGGUUAGAGAAACAAAAGGAGAAAGAAGAUGGUACCGAAUUAAAAUCUAGUAAAACCUCAAAUGUUAAUCCACUCGCGGAGAAAAACGACCUUAUUGCCAAGUUGGUUGCUCUUGAAGAGGAAAAUGAUAACUUAGACAGGGAGAUCGAAGAUGUCGAACAACAGCUACUAAAGAAAGAAGAAACUGAAACUGAAAACAUCAUAAAGCAAAAUCUAAAAGAUCUCGAGCAUAUCUAUUUUAUAAGGGACGCUCAAUCCUUAAAGAACCAAUACGAACUGACGUUGAACAAUUUGGAUAGGCUAAGAAAAACAAAUAUCUUCAACGAAACCUUCCGUAUUUCACACAGCGGACCCUUUGGAACCAUCAAUGGUCUCCGUCUAGGUGGCUUCAGUCAGGUUCGUGUUCCAUGGCAAGAAGUAAAUGCGGCUAUGGGCCAACUUAUCCUAUUACUUGCCACCAUAGCAAAUAAAAUACAUUACGAACUGGACAACUACAAACUAAAACCUCUCGGCUCCUACUCGAAGGUCGAACAUUACGACCAACGUGAACAGAAAUGGAUAGUACAUAACGCAUUCAGCAACGAUGAAUUCAAACUCGGCAAAUUCUUCCACAAAGAAACAUCCCUAGACAAGGCUUUAGAGUGCAUAAUAGCCAUUGUAGACCAGAUUGCCAAAAAGAUAUCCGCCUUUUCCAGAGACCAUAAUGGCGCCAUGGAACUACCUUAUAUCAUGCACCGAGACAAAAUCAACAACAUAUCAAUAAAGCUGAUGGGCAGCGACCCGACCGUAGAAUGGACUACUGCAUGUAAGUUCCUGCUCACGAAUGCGAAAUGGCUUCUGGCCUUCUCGUCUCAGGUGACGUAA